AUGAGUAAUUAUCGAGUCGUUAUUCGUGAUCUCAGUGUAAUUAUUGCAAAAAGUGAUACUAUGAUUAAGAAUGGAAAGCGAAUUUCAGAAGUACUAUUUGAUUUGGAUAAAAAAAUACAAAUUGUAGAUGACGAGCUUAAUGAAUUUCGCCAUCAAUCGGAUAAUUUCUUUAUGACUCUUUCUAACGAAAUGAAGGCAAUUACUGAAGAAAUUGAACCUCGGUUGUUCGAAAGGUUUUUCUAUAAAUCAAAUAGGCAAUUACCAAAUAGUUCAGUAAACUUUAUUUUUAAACGCCUUGAAGUGUUAGAUAGAAAGAUACCAGGAAUUCUGGAACAAGUUAAACGUAUCCUUGAUGCGAUUUAUUCUGUCCAUAAUGGUACCGAUAAUGCACAAGGGUGUCUGAUUGAUGGAGAGCGCGAGGCCGAGCAAGCCUUAAAAGAACAUUGGUUAGGUAAUAUUGUGGAUUCUAUGGUUCGUAAGCGAGCAGAGGAUGAACUUAAACGAGUACGAAUUAUAAUAAAAAUUCUUAAGUCGAUAGCACCGAAUCUUAUCAAUUUCCAAACCUUUUUAAAACAAUAUCGUCGAAAUAUACAAGAUGUCGUCAAAGAAGUUAAGGGCAUUCCCAAAAAACCAACCAAAGAAGAUAUCAAGUAUUUGAAAAAAAUGGUCGAAAAUCUUGAAGAAAAACAUGCAAUAUUAUCUUCUGCAAAGAAUCAAUGUAUAUAUAAGUCCAUGGAUGCUUACAAUGAAAUAUAUCUCGAAGAAGAAUUGAUUCUUGAAGAACAAGAAAAAAAAUUCUCUUAUGAGGUUAAAGAAUCAGGAUAUAAGCCUGUGCCGACCGUGGAUACAUCUAAUAAGAAUGCAACAUUUUGGGAUAUAUUCACAUUACCUUUUUCAAUUUUCCUGAGAUUCUGUAAGUCUCAAGAAAACGAUCGUUCUAUAUGGGCAUUACCUUGCUCACUUUUGCUGAGAUUCUGGGAGUUUUUAUUAUAUUGUUUCAAUAUAUAUAUUGAAGCAAUUGUUGGUACAAACUAA